CUGGGACAAUAGUGAGUGGUGCACACUUCCUUCGCCCAGCCACAGACCAACAAAAAAGUCCCAUUUAAGAGUUGCUGGUGUAACAAUAGUAAGAAUAUAUUCCACUCCUCUCUUCUACACGCGGCUUAUGAGAUGAACGCUCGUCAAGAAGAACGUCCCCUUCAACAGCAGGAGGAUCCACAGCCCCCCCACAUUAAAGAAGAAAAGGAGGAUCUCUGGGUUACUCAGGAGGAAGCGUUUGUUCCAGGGCAGGAGGAGGCGGAUCUCACAAAGUUUCCACUGACUGUUGUCUCUGUGAAGACUGAAGAGCAUGAAGACAAACCACCUGAGUCCUCACAGCUUCAUCACAGUCCAAACGUCGGUGAAGAACACCUUCGGCCUGAAAAACAGGAGUGUAGCUUCAGGAUGGUGAAGGAGGAUCCUUCUAAGAGGACGACCAGGUGCCACAGACCCUCUAGCGUCUCUUUUUCCUCUUUGACACAGACCCUUCCCUGUAAAAAAGAAGAGAAAGACUCACUGACCCUCCACAUUAAAGAGGAAGCGAUGGAACACAACAUCAGUCAGGAGGGAGAUGAUCUUGAACGACUGGUGAAGUUCCCAGUGAUUGGUGUCCUCGUGAAGAGUGAAGAUGAAGAAGUCAAAGGUGAAAGUGAGGAGAGGGGAGGGGGGGAGCCUCCAAGUAGCAGCUCAACACAACACAUGACAACAGAAGCUGAUGGAGACCACUGUGGAGGAUCACAAGCAGACAAGCUCUUAGCUCCACUAUCAGAUAGUGAGGACACAACGUCACACUCUCCUGACACUGAUGAUGAAGACUCUAAAGAUGAUAAGACAUGUCACACUGACAACACUCACUUCACAUGUUCUCACUGUGACAAAUCCUUUCGUUCCCGUUCUUAUCUGAAAAUACACAUUAGAACACACACUGGAGAAAAACCGUUUUCCUGCUCAGAAUGUGGUAAAUGUUUUACUAACAGUCAGAGUUUGAAAGUGCACAUGAGGACACACACUGGAGAAAAAACGUUUUCCUGCUCAGAAUGUGGUAAAUGUUUUACAAUAAGUAAGAGUUUAAAAGUACACAUGAGGAUUCACACCGGAGAAAAACCUUUUUCAUGUUCAUUCUGUGGUAAAGGUUUUACACAAAAAAAUGUGUUGAACGAACACAUUUCAAUACACACUGGAGAAAAGCCUUUUACCUGUUCAAUAUGUGGUAAAAGUUUUACACACAGUCAAACUUUGAAAAAACACACAAGGAUACACACUGGUGAAAAACCUUUUAUCUGUUCAAUCUGUGGCUCUUCUUUUCCUAGGAAGGAAUCUUUGAAAGUGCACAUGAGAACACACACUGGUGAAAAACCUUGUUCCUGUUCAGUCUGUGGUAAAGGUUUUGCAGAAAUUCAACAUUUGAAAAGACACAGGAAAACGCACACUGGUGAAAAAACACAUUCCUGUUCAAUCUGCAACAGAAGCUUUUGUGACCUAUCAACCCUUAGAGCACACAUGACAACACACCCAGGAGAGAAAGUGUUGAGUUGCAGUGUGUGUGGUGAAAGAUUCUCUUAUAAGAAGCAGUGUAAGAAACACAAGUGUGCUGGUGAGAUCAGCAGCAGCAAAUGAAACUGCAGGAUUUGAAAUAACCCUAAUCCCUAACCUCAAGGCAUGAUUUCCACUCUUUAUUGUUUGACUUUACAUACUUCCAAAUAUCCCUGCCAAGGAGGGGCAGCAAGGUAGACAUAAACAUAUGAGUAGAGUGACCAUCUUCAGAGAAUGUGCCGAAUAUCCUUAGACACCUCGGUCUUCUCUCCAGCACCAUUAGAACAAAAUAACAUUGGACUACUUUGCCCUUUAAAAAGGAAGAUCAGAGCAAUUUAUCCCAAUACCUGGAUUAUUUGGCUUUCUUGCGGUAGUUAACUCCUGCACCAGAACCCACCAAAAACAACUGUAAAGAACCUUGGCAGGUGGAAUGGUGCAAGCCUGAAGGACAAAGACCAGGUGCAACAACUGCAUAAGCAUAUCAGCAGUGGCCUACAUACAGUCCAUCGAUAACACCCAACUGCCUGGAAAGUUAAAGGCCUACUGAAACCCACUACUACCCACCACGCAGUCUGAUAGUUUAUAUAUCAAUGAUGAAAUAUUAACAUUGCAACACAUGCCAAUACGGAUUUUUUAGUUUACUAAAUUGCAAUUUUAAAUUUCCCGGGAGUUUCGUCUUGAAAACGCCGUGUACACAAGACGUCAUGUGUUUUUAGGAAGUAUGAGCGCUGCACACACACAGCUAAAAGUCGUAUGCUUUAACCGCAUAAUUACACAGUAUUUUGGAGAUCUGUGUUGCUUAAUCAUUUGCAAUUUGUUCAAUUAAUAUUGGAAAAGUCACAGUAGAAAGAUUGAGUUGGGAAGCUUUAGCCUUUAGCCACACAAACACACGGUGAUUCCUUGUUUAAAAUUCCUGGAGGUGAAACUUUACUAUGGAUCAGAGUGCAGUCAAGCGUACAUGAAUCACGACGGAAUGUCAACCAGCAGGUUUCGGUGAGAAAUUUGUGGUUAAAAAGUCAAUUCUUACCGGAGAAAAGUUGAGCUUGUGCCGUCCAUAGCUGCCGUUGUCCCCCUGAGACAUUGGCGUCAACACACCCGUGGACGUACACUUCCGACUAUCGGGUACUGUAGAACUCAUUAAAACACAAGCAACCCAAUAGAAAGAUAAGGGAUUUCCCAGAAUUAUCCUGGUAAAUGUGUUUAAAAACAUCAGAAUCCAUCCCAAUGCAAUCCCUGUUUUUUUUUGUUUUUUUUUUUAGUCCGUCGCUAUCAAACACGAAUCUUUCAUCCCCGCUCAAAUUAAUGGGGAAAUUGUUGUUUUCACGGUCCGAAUAGCUCUUUUUGUUGGAGGCUCCCUUUAAAAUCAAUGUGAAUAUGUGAGGAGCCCCCACACUCGUGAUGUCAUCGUCUCCGACUUCCGGUAGAGUCAGGGCUUUUCUCUUAACACCGAAAGUUGCAAACUUUAUCGUGGAUGUUCUCUACUAAAUCCUUUCAGCAAAAAUAUGGAAAUAUCGCAAAAUGAUCAAGUAUGACACAUAGAAUGGACCUGCUAUCCCCGUUUAAAUAAGAAAAUCUUAUUUCAGUAGGCCUUAAAGGCCUAGUGCCUGCAGUUCGAACCCCUCCCGAGGAUACUGUGGCCCCUCGCAGGUUAUGAGGUCCCAAUCUCAACCGUGGAGAAAUUGGAAAGAGGAGUCACAAGUAACAUCAAAAAAUGUCUCAGAGUUCCACGAUGCCUUAUAGGGCUGCGAAUCCUUGGGUGUCCCAUGAUUCGAUUCAAUAUCGAUUCUUGGGGUCACGAUUCGAUAAUAUAUCGAUUUUUUUCAAAACGAUUCUAUAUUCAUUCAAUACAUAGGAUUUCAGCAGGAUUUACCCCAGUCUGCUGACAUGCAAGCAGAGUAGUAGAUUUAUUUUAAAAAGCUUUUAUAAUCGUAAAGGACAAUCUUUUAUCAACUGAUUGCAAUAAUGUAAAUUUGUUUUAACUAUUAAACGAAUCAAAAAUAUGACUUAUUUUAUCUUUGUGAAAACAUGUGUUGUCAAGCUUAUGAGAUGCGAUGCAAGUGUAAGCCACUUUGACAUUAUUGUUCUUUAUUUUUAUUUUUUAUAAAUGUCUAAUUAUAUUGUCAAUGAGGGAAUUUUAAUCACUGCUAUGCUGAAAUUAUAACUAAUAUUGAUACUGUUGUUGAUAAUAUUCAUUUUUGUUUCACUACUUUUGGUUUGUUCUGUGUCGUGUUUGUGUCUCCUCUCAAUUGCUCUGUUUAUUGCAGAUCUGAGUGUUGCUGGGCCAGGUUUGGUUUUGUAAUUGGAUUGCAUUGUUAUGGUAUUGCUGUGUAGUGGUUUGUUGGUUUGAUUAAAAAAAAAAUGAAUACAAAAAAUUGUUUUUUUAAAAAAUUAGAAUCGAUUCUGAAUCGCACGACGUAUUUGAUUCGAUUCAAUUUCGAAUCAAUUUUUCCCACACCCCUAAUGCCUUACCACCGUAGGCUUCUACAGAGAGGGUGUCAUCAAGCUGCCCCUCACCAGUCUCACAGAGGAGUUCGAGUGUGCAAAAAACUAGACUCCAGAUGACACUGAAUGAAUCCAGAGACUUAGUAGGGAGCAACAAUGCACCGCCCUUGGUGACAGGGCGCAAAUGGAGACCAGCCAAAGCCGUGGAGGCCGCAACAACAGACCUCAGACAUGCUGACAUUGUGGGCUAUGUACAGCAAGGAAGAGGAGGCUUUGGGCUAACAGCUACCCGCCCAGCUUGGAGUAAGGCCACAGCACCAGAACGGAGAAACCAGAACGGAGAAAGAUGGUGAUGGACCACGUACGCCGCCAGGAGGAGGCUGCAAGCUGGGCCAAAGCAGUGUCUCUGGGCAAACAGGGUCAGUGGACGAGAUGGGACAGUGUGGAGAGGAGGAAAAUCAGCUGUAAAGGACAUGAGGGCCAUGGAAGUGAGGCAGUUGAGCUUGGUCAUCAAAGAGACAUAUGACAUCCUUCCAACAUCAGUUAAUCUUCACCAGUGGUUCAGCGAAGAACCGGUGUGUGCCCUUUGUUCCAUGCCAGCCACUCUCAAGCACAUUCUCACAGGGUGCAAAACCAGUCUCACCACUUACCAGAGGGAACAAGAUAGCUCUUUUUUCAAAAAUCAUCAUAAAUCAAAAAGGCAAUCCGAAGAAAGAAAAGAAAUGCCUUGACCCUGAUUCGGCCCUGGGUUGCUGCGGCCAAAACACAAAGUAUUAACCACUAUACGAUCACGGCUGUGACAAACCAGCCUGAUUUAUAAUGUGUUUGCUUCUUUGAUGUCUAAUGUUAAACAAUCUAUUAAAGUGACAUUCUGUUUGAACAACA